AUCAUCCCGCAGAAACCCAGCGCAUCGCCCCGAAAUACCCUAACUAGGACCUCCUUCCAUUCCUCCCGAUCCGCCGCCAUGGCAGCCGUCGCUACUGCGCCGUCCCGCAAGACGGAGACUUACACCGACACAAAGCGCCGCGACGACGUCCGCGGCGCCAACAUCGCCGCUGCACGAGCCGUCGCCGAUGCGGUGCGCACCUCCCUCGGACCCCGCGGCAUGGACAAGAUGAUCUCCUCCGGGGAUCAGGAGGUCAUCAUCACCAACGACGGCGCCACCAUCCUCUCUCGCAUGUCUCUUCUCCAGCCCGCCGCUCGCAUGCUCGCCGAGUUAUCCCGCUCACAGGACGCCGCCGCUGGCGACGGCACAACCACCGUUGUCGUCCUCGCCGGAUCCUUGCUCCGCCGAGCGCAGUCCCUCCUUGCCGCUGGCGCCCACCCCACAGCCGCCGCCGACUCCCUCCACCGCCUCGCUGCCCGCGCUGUCGAGGUCCUCCAAGGCAUGGCCAUCCCCAUCGAGCUCUCCGACCGAGACUCCCUUGUCAAAUCUGCAUCCACAGCACUCAACUCUAAGGUCGUUUCCCAAUACUCCAGCCUCCUUGCCCCGCUCGCUGUUGACGCCGCGCUCUCUGUAGUUGAUCCUGCCCACCCAGAACUCCUCGAUCUCCGUGACAUCCGCCUAAUAAAGAAGCUUGGUGGCACCGUCGAUGACACUGAGCUUAUCCGCGGCCUCAUCUUUGACAAGAAGGCUAGCCAUGCUGCGGGGGGUCCAUCUAGGAUAGAGAAUGCCAAGAUCGCUGUCAUACAGUUCCAGGUCUCUCCGCCGAAGACUGAUAUUGAGCAGAGCGUCAUCGUGUCAGACUAUGCCCAGAUGGACCGCAUCCUCCGGGAGGAGCGCAAUUACAUCCUAGGGAUGGUUAAGAAGAUAAAGGCCUCUGGCUGCAAUGUCCUCCUCAUUCAGAAGAGCAUUUUGCGUGAUGCAGUUACUGAUCUGUCGCUACAUUAUCUCGCAAAGGCCAAGAUUCUGGUGGUGAAGGAUGUGGAGAGAGACGAGAUUGAGUUUAUCACCAAGACUCUCAACUGCCUGCCAAUUGCCAACAUUGAGCAUUUCCGUGAGGAUAAACUUGGGCAUGCUGAUCUUGUUGAGGAAGUGUCUGUUGGAGAUGGCAAAAUUGUGAAGAUCACUGGUAUCAAGGACAUGGGGAGGACUGCCACUGUGCUUGUCCGUGGGUCCAACCAGUUGGUUAUUGAUGAAGCUGACCGCAGUCUCCAUGAUGCCCUAUGUGUCAUCAGAUGCUUGGUAAACAAGAGGUUUUUGAUUGCUGGUGGCGGUGCACCUGAAAUAGAAAUGUCAAUGCAACUGGCUGCUUGGGCAAAGGAACUCCAUGGGAUGGAGAGUUACUGCAUCAAAGAGUUUGCUGAUGCACUUGAGGUAAUCCCUUACACAUUGGCGGAGAAUGCAGGGCUCAAUCCAAUCUCUAUUGUUACGGAGCUAAGGAAUCGUCAUGCAAAGGGCGAAAAGAACACUGGCAUCAAUGUGAGGAAAGGGCAGAUCACAAACAUCCUGGAGGAGAAUGUUGUGCAGCCAUUGCUGGUGAGCACGAGUGCCAUCUCGCUGGCUUGUGAGUGUGUUAGAAUGAUCUUGAAGAUUGAUGAUAUAGUCACUGUAAGGUAAGGUCAUGUCCCUUUUGGGGUGUAUUGUUCUGAACUUCUUUGUGGGGCAUGACCACUUUGGCCUGUCUGUCUUGAUGUUAUCUUAGGUUUACGAAGUUUGAAUUUUAUUUGUGAACAUAUAGCUCUUAAUAUGUGUCAUGAGUGUGGUUUGAUGUCUGUUAAAGAUGUCGUUAUUUUGUGUCA